AUGGCUUCUCACUCGCCUCGUUUCACUGCUGUCUCGUCGUCUGCACGCCAAAUCUUGCUUCUUCUGCGCUGCAUUUCAUUUGCGAAAAACGCGCAUGUUCGUGUCUCUGCCGAAGGUCUCCGCUUUAGCACUGAGGAAGGCAGUGUCAUGGAAGCUUUCGUUUUCUUGGAAAAAGCGCUUUUUACCUCUUACUCCUACAAUCCACCUGCUGCCCCCUCAUCUCAAGACGAUGUCCCUGAUCCUCCCAUCUUCGAAGUGAACCUGAUUUCCCUUCUCGAAACUCUCAACAUCUUCAGUAUAUCAGAUCCGAGCACUUCCAAGCGACCAGGCGAAUACGAUUCGUUCGCCGCGCAUCGUCUCAGCCGCCACGCAGGAAUCAAUGCCUUCAGCAAUCACGCCCUUGGAGUGACGGGCAUCUGCACCAUCACUUACAAUGGCGAAGGGAGUGCCCUUGGCAUCCACAUGUCCGAAGCUGGGGUGACUACAACAUGCGACCUUACCACAUACGAAGCAGACACGAAUGAGGAAAUACCAUUCAACCGCGACAGCCUGUCUCUCAAGACCAUCAUGCCUUCCAGCUGCAUGCUUGAGGCCAUCACUGAACUCAGCUCUAUGAGCCCGACUGAUCUGACGAUCCAAGCAUCACCCAAUUCACGUUCCGCAAAUCUCUCACUCACAGCUACUGGAGCACUGGGUUCCGCGACUGUGGACUUGACCACGCACACGGAUUCCGAUACUCCAAUUCUCGAGACGUUCCACUGCCCAGCGAAGACAAGCGCGAGCUUCAAGUUCAGCUUGAUCAAGGCAGCCCAGCGGGCAAUGGCUUCAGCAAGCAAGGUCUCGUUGCGACUCGAUGAAGACGGCGUACUCAACAUGCAGUACCUGAUCGAGAUAGACUCUGGUCAUGGUGAUGGGGUUGCGUUCGUCGACUAUCGGGUUGUGCCCCUGGUGGAAGGCGAGGCUGAAGAAGACGACUGCGGAAGCGACGACUCUGAUGUAUAG